UUGUCCUUCUUUUUUUACUUAACAAUUUGUAGAAGAAUUUCCAUGGAAUCAGAAAGAUUGUUUUUAAUGUUUUUUCACAUAACGGCUUGGGGAGUACCUUUUGUGAUCACUGUGGUUGCUUAUUUCUUCAACGGAGUUCAAUUAUUGGCAAACCUUGAAACUGGAUACAAGUGCUGGAUCCAGAAUGAAAAAACUUGGAAGGCAAUGUGCAUCUGGACAACUAUUACAGGAGAGGGCUGGGCCAUCAUGACAUACAUCACCAUGACUGUGUUCUACCUACUGGUCAAGCAGCACAUAAGAAGAGAGCUGAAGUCAAGAUUUUCUCCAGGAAGCACAUUUUUAACAUGGAAAUCUGCUCAUGUUGCAAGAAUGAUGGACUGUAAAUUAACAUUUAUUCCCAUGAUAUUUAUCCUGGAGUGUAUUUGGGGAACCAUAUGAUUUUUCCUCCUUGUAACACAUUUUGACAAUCAUGGAAAGGAAA